ACAGCUUCACCCUUGUCGCAGAGAGGGAGGGGAAAGGAGGGGAAGGGAGGUCAGGUAAAGACGAGCGAGAGAGCGCAAAAGAACGAACAGAGAGCCUCGCGCUCUUCCCCCCCUUUUUUUCUCCCGCUUAUUUCCACCACACUCUUCUUCGGGUUGGGAGAGCCGGGGCUUAGUUAGAGCCCCGCCGGCUGCCGGCUGUCGAUCAUUUCCUUUCUCCGCCUCCCUCACCCUGUACUUAGGCAGGGUAAGGCAAUCAGUCACCCACCGGAAGUGGGUAUUGGCCGCGAAGAGGAGGAGGAAGAGGAGGCGGCCUCAGGGAGCGAAGUGCAUGUGUGCGAGCGAGCGAGGGAGACGGAGGCAGAGAGCAAGCGAGCGAGCGAGGAAGGCAAGCAGGCAGGCGCGCGCCUGCGCGAGUGUGUGUGCGCGUGUGUGUGUGGAGAGGCAGGAGGCGGCGGCGGAGAAGGAGGGAGAGACGGACGGGCGGACGGGAGAACUGAGGGCAGGCCGGGCCUGACGGCGACGACUGAAGAAAUAGGGAGAAGAAGAUGGCGGACGGAGACAGCGGGAGCGAGCGAGGGGGCAGCGGGAGCGGCAGUGGCGGCGGCGGCGGUGGAAGUGGCGGCGGCGGGUUCCAGGGACACCGCGGAGGUGGAGGUGGCGGCGGGCCUGGCCCGGAGCAGGAGACGCAGGAGCUGGCCUCGAAGCGGCUGGACAUCCAGAACAAGCGCUUCUACCUGGACGUCAAGCAGAACGCCAAGGGCCGCUUCCUGAAGAUAGCCGAGGUGGGCGCGGGGGGCUCCAAGAGCCGCUUGACUCUCUCCAUGGCGGUGGCCGCCGAGUUCCGGGACUACCUGGGCGACUUCAUCGAGCACUACGCACAGUUGGGGCCCAGCAGCCCCGAGCAGCUGGCCCAGGCCUCGCCCGGCGGGGAAGACGGCGGCGGGGGCCCCCGGCGGGCCCUCAAGAGCGAGUUCCUGGUGCGGGAGAACCGCAAGUACUACCUGGACCUGAAGGAGAACCAGCGCGGCCGCUUCCUCCGUAUCCGCCAGACCAUCAACCGCGGACCUGGCGGCGGGGGAGGCGGCGGCGGCGGGCCGGGCUUCCCCGGAGGGCCGCCUGGCCUGCAGAGCGGCCAGACCAUCGCCCUGCCCGCGCAAGGCCUAAUCGAGUUCCGCGAUGCCUUGGCCAAGCUCAUCGACGACUACGGCGCCGACGAGGACGAGCUUGGUGGCGGCGGCGGCGGCGGGGGCCCUGGCGGCGGGGGCCUCUAUGGCGAGCUCCCCGAAGGCACUUCCAUCACGGUGGACUCCAAGCGCUUCUUCUUCGACGUGGGCUGCAACAAGUACGGCGUCUUCCUGCGCGUUAGCGAGGUGAAGCCUUCCUACCGCAACGCCAUCACCGUGCCCUACAAAGCCUGGGCCAAGUUCGGCGGAGCUUUCUGCCGCUACGCCGACGAGAUGCGAGACAUCCAGGAGCGCCAGCGGGACAAGCUCUACGACCGACGAGCCGGUCCCGCUGGGCCCGGAAGCGGCAGCGGAGCUGGAGACGAUUCCGAUGGAGACGACGUGGACGACGACUGAGCCUCUCCUCCUCCUCCCCCUCUCCCCAUUGCUUUUGACAACCCCCUUCUUGUCUCAGCCACUUUCCACUCCACCGGGGAGGUUGCUAUGGAGUAGGGGGCUGGGUGGAAACAGGGAAGGAAACCUGAUCCCAAGCUCUCCUCCCCUCAUCCUUCUGUCAUUGGAGAGAGCCAGCUUUGAGAUUACUUGCAUACAUCCACUGACCUGCACCACUUCUGGAGUGCCCUCCUAGUUUUCUCUAUCUGACCCUUUAAUUUUUCCAGGGAUACAGCGUAUGUUGGCCCAUCCUGAAGAGCCUGGGUUUUACACCAUCAUUGUCCUGCCCUGCAGAGAGGGAUUCUUGUGGCCUCAAUUAACCUCAACCCUAGCCCAUGAUGAAGAGAAGGGGAUCUCUGGCAUCUAAAUCUAUUCCGCCUUCCAAGGCUCCUGCUCUGUCUAAUGGCUGAGAUGUUUUUUGGGGGGAAAGGGAGGGAGAAGAAAUACAUGGAUGUCAGCUCUCUUUUUUUCUCCCACCCAGCCUCUUCACUCUUGCAUUUUUGAAACUGUGCCCCACUACUCUUGAAACCAGCAUUCGGGAGAGUACAUGGCCACUGAGCGCUGUUUAAAGGAAGGGGAGAAGCCACCACAGCUGUCCAGAUCAGUGGGGUUGUGAUCCUGAUGGGGCAAGUUACAAAGAUCAGUCAUGGACUUAGCCCAGCAGGAAUUUGGGAUUUAAAAUGAGUCAGGGAAGAGGAUAUAGCCGGUGGGCUGAGGAAAGAAACAACCACUCCAGAGAGCUUUCAGAAAGGUUGUUGGGAGGGGGGAGCCUGUAUCUGGACCAAUGCCCAUUGUUGUCUUUUUCUUUUGCAGAAUUGUUUUGUUUUUGGAAUGCAAAUUGCUAAGCUCCAGGUGCCUGAACUGGAAUUGAUAAAUGAAUUAUUUUAAAGCGGGCAGGUUCUAAAGAUCUUAAAUGGCAUUUCCUUUUUCUUUUUUAAUGGGGAUUGCAAACAGGUAGAUUAAAGAAAAACAGGCAUAAAGCACAAGAAAUGCAAAGUGGACUGGUUGCUGCUCCCUAAAGUUCUUCCCCUUCUCUCCAAAUAAGGUGAAAGCAAAUGGCUUUAGUAGGAGGUGGAAACUGGAGCUGCCUUUGCUGGCUUCAGAAGAUGACCUAGUCAAAUAAGUAAAAUCUGCAGAUGGGUUUUUAAAAAGUAAAAUCUUAAAAUUUUAAUUUGGCAAAGGAAAUGUGGCUACAAGUCUGAUAAAACCCACAUAGGAAACUGAAGGUUUCUUUCAUUGUGCAAAUCAGUGGACAUGUUCUAUGAAAACACACACCAAGAACCUCAGGUCCAGAAGUCCAGCAUCAAUUAUCCUUUUAACAAGAUUUUUUUAACGAAAAGAGAACUGUCCAUUUCUCAGUACCUCACAUUAUGUUAACAGCAAAGUCGGCAAGAAUGGAUUGUUCAGAGCAAUGUAUGUCCACUCAGAGUUUGAUAUCCAUCGCUAAAAAGGAGCAGACACAAACCAACAAAGUUGGGUGACUGUGAACGUACCCUAGCAGCAUUUUAACACCUACAAAUGUUGUUAUAGACUGGCUGUUGCCAAUUUGUCCAGCUGUCCUUCCCAAACAAAGUUGGGUGUCCCCACCCAAAUAAUUGCCUCAUCUAUAUUUUAAAUGGAUUCUUAACCUAAAAUGAUAUUUUUUUAAAACGAAUGAAGUCAGACCUAUCCCCUCCAAAAGUGUUUUUAGAUACAUUCUAUACUAGCAACUUUGAAUUGAAUGGGAAUUACACCAUUCAUUACAAAGUUUCAGGUAUUAUUUCUGCAACAUCUUAGAGGCAGGUAAACCUUCCUCUACAAUCUUGUUUAAUUGUGCAUGCCUGUCCUUUAUUUGAGCUGCCUUUUUAAUUUAUUGCAUACCCUUAUUACCUUAUUUUGGUAUUACUCUUAUCUAUACUAUCUUGGUUUUGUAUUUAUUAGAAAGCAAGGAGACUUGUGAAAGGCAUUUCUUCACACAGUUGUAGCUGUACUGGAGAAAUUGGCUGGAAUUUUCUUUAAAAAAAAUUAAUUGGUUAUGCUAUACCUGUUAUAAAGAUCAGUAAAUAAUGUCAGAAUAGUUUACCACAAAAUGUUCAGCUACACAAAUGAUUGUCUAUUUUAAAGCUAUUUCUUUCCCCCCCAGUGUCCAUGGUAGAUAUUUUAAUUAUAGCUUUGAAGAAACUUUUUUUCCAUUUUUCUCCGUCGCAAAGAACUUGUUUCCUGAAUUGUAAUGGGAGCAAUAGUAUUUCUUGAUGUUUUAAUUACAUCCGUAUACUUGUACUGUAUUUUGUACUCUCCAAGGCAGCUGUUUUCAAUAAUGUCCUGCUGUAUUACCUUUGUAUUUUUGUUCAAAUGUAUAUAGUUCUUUGCUGCGGAGAACAAUUUUCAUCAACAAAAGUUUCAGCAGUUUAACUGGGAUACCACAGCCCUCUAGGUUUGCAGAAAACUACGUAACUAAUUAGAACUCUAGGCAGCAAUGAAAAUUGAGGCUGCAAAUGCUUGGUGUAUAUUGCUGUAACUCUUCACUCAUUUUAAAAGUGUACAAUACUUGUAUAGACCAACAAUGUUUUGCUGCUUCAGUGGUAAUUGGUUUUUUCCCCUUUUGUUGCUCAGCUGCUGUGAGCCAAUUAAGAUGCAGUACCUCUCCUUUACAGGAGGAUUUUUUUUUUUUGCUGAAUUGCAGUAACUAGCCUUACCUUUGUAUUAUGUGGUAGUGACAGGAUUUGAUUGUCCCUGGCCAGUGGCUACAUAUGCUAUAAUUAGCUGUCUAGGAAGUAUGUGGAAGUAGACAGAAGCAUAUAACACUUGUAUGCCAAGAACGCUGCCAUAUAUGGUGUAGGCUUUGGCAACCAGAAAAAAAAUCUCCUAUGGCCAUUAGACCAGUUAAACCAAUGUGUAUUGAGUACACAGAUGGACACAUGACCCAAGGUGCGUAGGUGGUGACAAUGCAAUGUGUCAGUAAGAGAGUCUCAAUUAAAAUACUGUCCAGCUUAAAUAUGAAUUGUAGGCUUUUAAAUUUUAACUAAUAUUGAGGUUGUCUCACCAUAGCAGGUUAACGGCCAAACCUCAUGCUAUAAGAAAAUUAGUCCUGGUGGCACAAGGCCUUGUUAGGUGCAGGGGCUUCACUAAGGAACUUAUUCCUUGUGAUUGCUGGGUAAUAGAAUUCUGGAGAGUGGGGGAAGGGGGCUUGCCUGGAAUCUGUACAACUUUGAACCUCCCCUCCCACUGUGGAAUUUGGGACUUCUGCGAUUCAGACAGUAAAUAUUACAAAGAUUGUUUCAGGGUCAUUUGGAAGCUUUGGUUGGCCUCUAAUGAAAGAGGAAUGAUAUUUGACAUAGGGCUAACUGGUAGAACUCUGUCUCUCUCGCACACGCACCUUGUACAAACUGCAUCUUUUUUAAAAAAUCACACUGCUCUCUAAGCCUCGUAGUUCUGUCUCAGUGAUUGGUCUCUGCAAAUUCUAAAUAGGCAGACAUGUCCCUGUUCAGAGUAGCUUCUGUUUAUGAGAUGGGGAUACUCAGCCACAUUGGAAAAAAUGUAUUGCCCGGAUUACAUCUGAGGUUAAUGAUCUUAUUCCUGUUUAUAUUCUUGUGCUUAAAUGUGAAUUUGGGUAAAGGCUCCCCCAUUCUUGGUGCUGCAGUUUAGAUUGUAUCUUUGCAUUUUUCUGCAGCAACAUUAAUGAUACCUCAGUGCAGUUUACAAGCUGCUGAAUCUGGCAUAUCUGUGCUUAAACUGGCUCAAUCACAUUAACGCUACUGGAGUAAAGCUGUCACACAUUCAGGUUCUGAGGGACCUUGCCUUUUGUACUUCGUUGUUUUCAGCCAACACAGGAAGAAUGAAAAAAAGUUAAGACUCAUCGGUUGCUUUUUUGAGGUAUUGUGAGAGAAAAACACGUGGCUGAAAUCAUAACAGCUUUCUCAUGUAAAGUUUCAGGUCAGAGAAGUUUGCUAUUUCAAGCAAACAUUCAAACAUCAGAAUGUGGCAAUGAACCACUACCUCUCGUACCUGUAGAAUGACAGUUAAUCUGCAAUGGUGCUAGACUUAACUCUAAAUAUAAUCAGAUUGUUUCUCUGUUGUAAUAUAUGGUGGGGUAAGGUUUUUCCUUUUUUAAAAAUAUCCCACCGUUAUGGUCUGGUCAUACAAACAAACAUACUGUAUAGUUGUAAGGAGUAAGCAAUAACACUGGCUGGGAUCUAAAGAACUGAACUACUAGUUUUGUGCACUUGAGCUAGGGCUGGAUUUGUGGUUCUUAAACAGCACCCCAUCAUGUUGCAUGGCAAGCCACUCUUGAAAUGGAGAGGUGUUUCAAAAGUAGUUCAUAGCAUGGAGGAUCUCUGUUCAGAGGGAAGCAGUCCAAAAUUUCACUGUAUAUUAUGCCAUUGGGCACACUGAAAGUGACUCUUAGGGUUCCAGCCUCUAAACUUCAACUUAACCUUGCAGCAGUAUAAUUUAAGGCCGGUUGUAUAUUUCCUUCCAUCUGAUUUGAGAGGGGGAGAACUUGUCAUAGACUGUAAAGGAGUACAGCUAAGGUAUAUGGGACUAUUCCCAGAAAAUUUGGAUAAUAACUGUUCUACCCUCACUCAUCUUAACCUUUUUGAGUGUAAGCAUUAACUGGCCAAAAAUGCUCACUUAAGGAAAGAAGAAUGUUCCAGAAUGUUUACUAACUGACUUCUAAUCAGUUAUCACCUUGGGGUUUUUUGUUUUUUGUUUUGCUAGCCUUCUCAUUCCAGACCCUUUUUUAAAUCUGUCUAGUGGGGGGAGAGAGCUCAAGGUUUCAAUGUGUACUGGAAAUACCAACACAAUUUUGUCUCUUAAAUUCCGUGUAGGGAAGGUUAAGUGUGCUUUGUCAAAGCCAUUUUGUAAUAUGCUGCUAUGUAGCCUUAAUUUCAUAAUAUAUUGUGUGUAUAUGUACAUAUGCACAUACAUACAAAGUAAGUGGCCCACAACUAAGAAGUUUGUUGAAGCUAUUGUAAAAGUACAGGAAAGCUUACUGCUGCUCCCCCUCCAUCCUCAGUUUACCACUGCUUUGUGUAGCCAAGGUAGACUGUUUUUAAAACUUGCAGAGAACUUAAUUUAAAAUUGCAGUUGCUGUACAUCAUUUUAACCCAGGCAGAUUUCCAGGGCAAGAUGUUUAAUUUCCUGCCCUGCUUUUUCUGUGUUGAAAGGCCCAUCUGGUUAGAAAAAUCCUGUAUUUGAAUUCAUGCGGGAUUUACAAUAAUAUAGCUUAAUCUUGUUUCUUCCCACUGUCCUCUCUUCACAGAAUUAGAGCUGUUGACAUGCUGAAACUUAUAGAGUGCCAUAAUAAAUGGGUUCCCCAAUUAUCUUCAGACUUGUGUGUACUAUGUGAAUAUUUUUACCUUACCAAUAUUUUUGCAGGGUGGCCAGCUAGAAGGGCAGGUCAUUGGCACAAUUAUAUUAGCUAAAAACAUGAGCUCUUCUCCAUGUUAACUUAUCCUCCAGCACCUCAGACCAUUCCUGCUGAUAUGUGAAAAAUAGAAAAUGUCUUGCUGAACCCAGAUUCAGUGGUUUUCAUACUGCUUCUAGGAAAACGGGUUCAUCAGAAGCUUAUUGGGUUUCUUAACAUGAAGACUUUCUCCAUCGUACCAAUGUGCCGCUGGAGGGAAAGGUUAGGGCAUUUUGGAACAUAUUCUUGUGCGUGAGAGACAAUGGCAGGUCUGAUCAGUGCCCCUGUUUAAACAUAUGUUAGGAUAUGUAGUACGCAGGUUCCUCAGCAGAUGCUCAAGGCAGGCAAAAUCUUAUGUGAAACAGGUUCUCUGAGGGGUUGGUGAGUUUGAAAACCAGGCAAACAUCGAGUGACAACAGCCCUUGUUGUGGUAGGCAGUUUAUUUUUCUUAAUGUUAUAUUGCCAGUUACGAAGUGCUGGCAGUCUUCCAUGUUUUGUUGAGACCAAUGGAACAAACACUCAUGAUCUGGUUUUAAGGUCUUUUGCUGUUUUUCAUUGGUUCAUUGAAUUAACAUUUGCACUGUGGAUGAAUCUUGCAAGUGCAGAUCCUCCAUUGAAAUGGAUGGAUAGUGCAUCUCCACUGUGCUUACUGGCUUAGCCUCUAAAGUCCAUUUCUAGUGGAGGGUGUAACAAUCAGCAGCCACUUCCAAUUAAAGGUAUUGGGUGAUAUUUAAUGCUAGUCCUACUCAGAGUAGACCCUUUGAAGUUAAUAGACAUGAAUAACUUAUGUUCAUUGAUUUCAGUGAUUCUCCUUUGGGUAGGACUUAGUCGAGUACAACUCAUUGCUUACUGCAGAUACAAUCUCUUGCUGCUCAGUUUCAUGCUAAUAGAUCUGUUGAAAAUUAUAUGCAGGGUUGUGAAGAAAGGGCAGGGUUGUGGGGAAUCAUUGCCCUUGAGGAGUGGAAGUUUUGCUGGGCUGAAUGUACAAUUUCAGUAGUGAGCAAACAGUUUAAUUUGGUAUAGAGUUGAGAGAACUUUGUGUAAGUGAUAUAAUUGAUCAUACAUGGAUGUAAUCAACCCAUAUGUAAAUAUACACAUGUUUGUACAUUGUAUACAUAGAAAGAGAUGUCUGUAUACAUGUGUAUGUAUUUAUAAAAAUGUUUCUCUGCUAGAUGGUAAAUGCAAAAGUAGCUCUAAUUUUUAUAUCUAUAUCUAUCUAUAUAUAUAUAUUAAAAAAACUCCCCCCUAUAAAUAUAUUAUAUAAAUGCUAGAAGUUAAUUUGUAGUAAAAUAAGAUUGAUUUCAGGAAUAUCUGCUGAGAGACCAAAAAGUUCAUUUUUAAGUACCUUAAUUAAAGAGUAAAGUUUAUUCCUCUUGUUUAUUUUUUUAUAUAAAAAAAUUAAAUGCACUUUAACUGGCAAAACACACACACAGCUGCAUGGUGCAGUUUCAAGCGUAUGGAAAUGUUUUAAAAGUGCAGCACCCAUUCAAAAAUAUUCCUUCUCACCGAUCAAGCAGAGCGUUGCAAAUUAUUUAAAAUCCCAGGGUCCGAGCUGCCUGUUUGUCUUGCUGCCUGUUGGCUGAAGCUUAGAUUCUGAUUUCCCUUUUGGGGAGGGGGGGCUAGCAGGACCGCUUUUUAAAGAGCAAUGCAGAUACAGCCAGACGCUACAGGCUGUUGUCAAACAAAGGCAGGUCCUGGAUUUACCACUAGCUUACUAGCAAAAAAGAAGUCCAAAUGACAUCAAGAACUCCUCAUGCUAGUUGAGCACUCCUUACAAUAGCAGGUUUUUGCAAAUGGAGUUUUACAGUCUAUAUUUAAAAAAUUGUAUGUUUGUAACAAAUAAAAGUAUGCGGAAAAGUGAAUGAA